AUUUUUGCAUGAUUCAUAUGUGGAGGAGGAGCUGCAACUUUUUACAUGAGCCUCGUAGAUGAGUCAUGAGAAAAAACGGGAUACCGUGAUUAAAUUUGGACAAGUUAUUUUUCUUCAAAUGGUUAUGAUCACUUCAAACAAGAAGGGAUGUGGGUUAUGUUUAGACAAGACGGAGUCAAAUCCCCUUCUUGAUGAAGCUGCGGAUGUGCAUGAAUGAUCGCGAGCUAUAUUUAGAAGCCCUCUCUCUUCUCAUAGGACGAGGGAGGGUAUAUAUAUACACACACACUUGCAGGAAGCUGACAUAUGAAUGAACAUGGCGGAAACUAGAGGGAAGGUCAUCACUUGCAAAGCUGCUGUUGCAUGGGGUCCAAAGGAGCCGCUCGUGAUACAAGAAGUAUGCGUCGAUCCUCCUCAGAAAAUGGAGGUUCGGAUCAAGAUCCUCUACUCCUCCAUAUGCCACACUGAUCUCGGUGCUUGGACCGGCGAGAACGAAGCUCAGAGAGCGUUCCCACGGAUUCUUGGCCACGAGGCUGUCGGGAUUGUGGAGAGCGUAGGGGAAGGGGUGGGAGACAUAAAGGAAGGAGACUACGUGAUACCCAUCUUCAACGGGGAAUGCGGAGAGUGUGUGGUCUGCAAGCAAAAGGAGGGCAAUCUGUGCGAGAGGUACCAGGUCGAUCCGAUGAAGAGAGUGAUGGUCAGCGACGGAAAGCCGAGGUUCUUCACCAAAGACAGCUCCGAGCCCAUCUACCAUUUCUUGAACACGUCCACGUUCACCGAAUACACCGUCUUGGACUCGGCCUGCGUCGUCAAGAUCGAUCCCAAUGCUCCUCUCAAGCACAUGAGCCUCCUGAGUUGCGGCGUUUCCACCGGAGUGGGAGCGGCAUGGAACACGGCGAAUGUGGAGGCAGGAGCAAGCACUGCAGUGUUUGGCUUGGGAUCCGUUGGACUCGCUGUGGCCGAAGGAGCAAGAGCAAGAGGAGCUUCGAGGAUCAUUGGUGUUGACACGAACCCUUCUAAAAUGGUUAAAGGCGAGCAGAUGGGAAUCACAGAAUUCAUAAAUCCAAAGGACCUGAGCAAGCCAUUGCAUCAGAGGAUAUCAGAGAUCACAGGAGGGGGCGUAGACUACAGCUUCGAAUGCACGGGAAACGUCGAUCUUCUUCGCGAGGCCUUUUUAUCCACUCGAGCUGGGUGGGGGAAGACGGUGCUGAUAGGAGUAUAUCCGACGCCGAGAACGCUGCCUCUUCAUCCAAUGGAGCUUUUCGACGGCCGCACCAUCACCGGCUCUGUCUUCGGCGGCUUCAAAGGCAAAUCUCAGCUCCCACGUUUCGCCGCGCAGUGCAUGCAGGGGGUGGUGAAAUUGGAGCCUUUCAUAACAAACGAGCUCCCCUUCGAGAAGAUAAACGAUGCGUUUCAGCUGCUUCGCGAUGGCAAAACUCUCCGAUGCCUCCUUCAGAUCUCCAAAUACCUCAAGAAAUGAUCAUUCUUAAUUAUCUUUUUAUUUUGUUUUCCCUCUUUCCAUAUAUAAUAUUUAACGUAUUGUUCAUUUGUUUUUCGGUUACGUAUCCUCCGAUAAUGAUAUAACACUUGCAUUUGGAUUGA